AUGUGCCCAGGACAUGAGACAGCUCCUGCUAUUCAGAUCCUCUCUAGAGCGUGUGUGGGUGGAGGGACCGGGCUCCAUUCACCGACCAUGGUCCAGCCGUGGGCUCUAGGCCCGGUAGAUAGGAAAAGAAGUCGUCAUUUCCGGGGCCUUCACCAGGGCUUGGUGGCUCUCUGCUCUCUGAUUGGGCGGAAGUGGCCUGGGCAGGCUAGUGACCCUACUACAGAGGAGGGGCUGUACCCCAGCCAGUGUCUUCCUACCUACCUGCUCCCCAGAGUGCUGCCUACUGUGUACCUGGGUCCUGAAGCCCUUCUUCACCUGGAUAGAUUCCUUGGCCCACCUGUCCCCACCCCACUCUGUGCAGAGGUACAAAAGCUCAAGCCGUCUCCAUGGCCCCAGGAAAGAUUCAGGGGAGAGGCCCCACACAGGGAGCCACUGCAGUCAGACACCCUGGGCAGAAUGGAGCUGACUGAUUUGCUCCUGGUGGCCAUACUUCUCCUCACCGCAAGACUAACUCUGUCCAGCCCAGUUCCUCCCGCCUGUGACCCCAGACUCCUAAAUAAACUGCUUCGUGACUCCUACCUCCUUCACAGCCGACUGAGUCAGUGUCCUGACGUCAACCCUUUGUCUAUCCCUGUCCUGCUGCCUGCUGUGGACUUUAGCCUGGGAGAAUGGAAAACCCAGACGGAACAGAGCAAGGCACAGGACAUUCUAGGGGCAGUGUCCCUUCUACUGGAGGGGGUGAUGGCAGCACGAGGACAGUUGGAACCCUCCUGCCUCUCAUCCCUCCUGGGACAGCUUUCUGGUCAGGUUCGCCUCCUCUUGGGAGCCCUGCAGGGCCUCCUAGGAACCCAGGCCCAUCCUCUGCCUUCAGCUUCCUCCACAGGGCAGGACCACAGCUCACAAGGACCCCAGUGCCCUCUUCUUGAGCUUGCAACAACUGCUUCGGGGAAAGGUGCGCUUCCUGCUGCUGGUAGAAGGUCCCGCCCUCUGUGUCAGACGGACCCUUCCCACCACAGCUGUCCCAAGCAGAACCUCUCAACUCCUCACACUAAACAAGUUCCCAAACAGGACUUCUGGAUUGUUGGAGACGAACUUCAGUGUUGUAGCCAGAACUGCUGGCCCUGGACUUCUGAACAGGCUUCAAGGAUUCAGAGCCAAGAUUAUUCCUGGUCAGCUAAAUCAAACCUCCGGGUCCUUAGACCAAAUCCCUGGAUACCUGAACGGGACACACGAACCUGUGAAUGGAACUCAUGGGCUCUUUGCUGGGACCUCACUACAGACCCUGGAAGCCCCAGACGUUGUGCCAGGAGCUUUCAACAAAGGCUCCUUGCCACUCAACCUCCAGAGUGGACUUCCUCCUAUCCCAAGCCUUGCUGCUGAUGGAUACACACUUUUCCCUCCUUCACCUACCUUCCCCACCCCUGGGUCUCCACCCCAGCUCCCCCCCGUUUCCUGACCCCUCCACCACCAUACCUAACUCUACCAACCCUCAUCCAGGACUUGGUCUCAGUAAGCGUCCCGUGCACUGGCACGGAGAGCGAUCGUCUGCAACAUCUCUCAGGGGCAAGCUUCCUCAGGAAGGCUCUGAGGCAGCUCACUAGACAUCCUGCUCUCGCCUAACGGGCCCUGGGAAAGGGAUACACAGGCCAGGACACUGUACAACCUUAGGAGCGAUUUUUUUCUUAACCUAUCAACAAUAUUCAUCAGAGCAGCUAUCUUUGGUCUAUUUCCUGUACAAAUUUGAAAAUGACGAAUUCUCUACAUGUGCUUUCAUACACUAAGUCUGCAAAUGCCUAGACCGGUCUAGCCUUUCAACCCAGGUAGAGACUAAUACUGUAUCAGAAAACGAAAGGGAACUCUUCUUUGCUUUCAAGUUUAAGUUCCCUCCCAAUGCCCUCAUUCCCUUCACUGUGAUUCCCAGUGAGAAUGUUUGGUCCUCAAGAUACUGCUCUUGAUAAAGGAUUACCAGGUUAAUCUCUGAGAAAGGCUGCCCCUACUUAGAGACAAAACUGAACCUGUUUGAGAACGACAGCACCCAAAAGCCAAUUAAAAACCAAGGGACCAAUGUUCUUCACUGGGACAACAGACCUCCCGGACCCUACCUCCCAAGAAAGCUAACAGGAAGCUUGGGGAACUCCACGCCCCAGGUAAGCUGUGCAGAUGGUUCAGUAAAGACCAGACUUGGAUGAGGCAGCUGAGCAAACAGCUCAGAGUAUCAGCAGCUCAGCGGGAGCUUACGCAGGCCUGGGCUCCUGCUUCCCUCCUGUGGAGGUCAGGCGGAAGUGCAGGAGUCAGGCUCCGUAGCUCACGCAGCAGGACAAGCAAAGAGCAGUUGAAGGCUCUUUCUAGUUUCCACAAAUGCAUCUAAAAGGCAGUCCUGUGUGACCACCAGGAAGUCUACUGGGAACCACCCUCCCCUGCAAAUGAAGGCAGAGUUACGGGUUUUGCGAGUAAACGUGAGUCUCUGCUUCGUUGGUGUUAGAGGUUUACUUUGCACAAGAACAAAAACUAUAUUGCCAAGGGUCAGCCUACAAUGGCCAGAGUCCUGGGAGAAGACUGGUGAGAGCUUUUCCCUCUUCUAUUCCGAAGUAAAGGAGGAAAGGCUACCAUGUAGGUGGAGAAGUCAGGGUCUCACAAUUCCAAACACACAUACACACACACACACACACACACACACACACACACACGCACGCACACACACACGCACACGUGUGCGCACACACAAGGGAAAGGUGUUCUUCACACAGGGAGUAGAUGUCCCAGGAUCCCCCCACCCCAAGUCUGUAUGGUAGGUAUUACCUAUCCUGUUUUAUACAUGAAGAGACACCAAGGCUUCCCAAUGGUCACAUAGCCUUCCAGCAGAAAAAGAACACUCCAGUCUGAGUCUCAGCCCAUCCAUCUUCCUGGUGUGGUGUACUGCCUAGCAUGCCCUUUGGUGAGUAUUUACUUCAGAGACUUCCAUGUCCUUGGAGAGUAUAUACAGUCUUAAGGAGCUCUGAGUGGAAGAGCAAGCAGAUAGCAGUUGUGGGGAUAACAAUCCAGACAGCGCUAGGUGUCUGUGUGGGCAGAACCCGACAAAGGGAUCAACAGUUGCGCAGAGCUAAAAAACGUCAUUGGAAUCUCAGUGUCAGUUUCUACGUGACAGUCCUUUAUCUACUAAUUCUAGGAUAAGUAUAAUUUGUAAUUUGUUGUAACACUAAAGGAAGCUAAAUUUAACAUUUGAGAAAGAAUUCAGAGCCAGCAAGAUGGCUCAGUAGGUCCAAGUGCUUAUCAUGAGAGUCUAACGUGUCUAUGGCCAGGAACCCUCGGAAAAGGCCAGAACCAACUCCCAGACGUUGCUUCUGACCUCAUUAUACACAGCAUCACGCGCUGACUCCCACGUGUGCAUGUACGCAUCACACAUACACACGGAUAAAAUUUAAGUUAAAGAGGCAAAGCUGUACAUAAUGGUACAUGCCUGUAAACACAGUACUCCAGCUACAUAGAGUUUGAGUCCAGACUGUUUCAAACAUUAAUUUACUGCAAGGACAUAGCUCAGUGGUAGAGCUCUUACAUAGCAAACACAAGUCCUGGGUUCAAUCUCUCGGCACAAAACCAAACCAAAGAAAUGAAAAACCACCGAGCAAAAUGCUACAGCCCAGAAGAGCCAGCACCCAGAGUUAGACAUGCUGGAGACCAGAAACUGUGCUCUCAGCAGACAGCAGGUGAGAAUGUUCCCUGCAGCUAAGCCGAAGUUCCAGGCGCCUCGCACUGGCAAUCUGAGUAACCGGUCGUAACCCUAUCUGCCUUAAGACUCUAAUCCUGAAACCAGGAGCACGCCUGUAAGUUCAGCAGUUUGUGAGGUUGAGGCAGGAGGAUCACAAGUUCAAGGUUGGGCUGGAGAGAUGGCUCAGCGGUUAAGAGCACUGCCUGCUCCUCUAGAGGUCCUGAGUUCAAAUCCCAGCAACCACAUGGUGACUCACAACCAUCUGUAAUGGGAUCCGAUGUCCCUUUCUGAUGUGUCUGAAGACAGUGACAGUGUAUGCACAUACAUGAAAUAAAUAAAACCUUUAAAAAAAAAAAAACAGUUCAAGGCCACCCUUGGCUAUAUAACCAGUUUCAGGUAGUUCAGACUCUACCUUUGAGGGCCUUUUUUAGACCUUGCCUAAAGAUCCAGCUGAGUGAUGGAUGCCACACUUGCCUGACUACUAAGCCUUGGGUUUGAUCUCUGCACUGUCAAAACCAAAGCCAAAAGUCAAAACCAAAUCACUCUGUGUAGCCGACUCCAUCAUUUCUUACACACUUAAACACACACACACAUACCCUGCACAGGAAGAGCAUGCUGGCAAGAAGGCUCAGUGGGUGAAGGAGCCCAGACAUCAACACUGAACGAAUGUGCACCACAUGUUAGUAAGAAGGGACUCCUUCUCCCUAACGCACGCAUACGAUAAGACAAAAUAUAUGUUUUGGGGGGGAAGUGCUUAUAAGCAGAAUACUUCUCAAGUCCCCUUUUCUUUGCUGGGACAGCCAGGAGUCUACCAAGACGGUGGAAUUGUACCACAUUACUGAUAAGGAUCUUCCAGUGUAAGCUAAUCCAUCUUCCCUCAGCCCUACAAAAGCAGACUCCAUGGGAUGAUUACAAGAGUCUAUGCAGAUUCCUCCCAUCCCCCAGUGCAUCACACCCACACACCCUACAGUGGAAAGUGAAAACACCUUUGCUCCUCCCCGCUGAGGCCACUCAUUUUCAACCCAUUUCCCUAAACAUUAUUUCUAACACCUUUCUAACACCUCUUGUAAAGAACGAAAAAGAGAAGGGAAGGAAACACCCCAGGCAUCCCAGCAGGGAAACCGGUUCCUGUGACAAAUCCAGGUCAUCAAGAGACAACUGGAGGCCAGCAAAAGUGCUCAGUAAAUAAAGAAGCUUGUCUUGACGAUCUCAGUUCAAUUCCCAGGAUUCAGGUGAUAGAAGUGCACACACACACACACACACACACACACAUACACACACACACACACACACACACACACACACACACACACACACACACACACCACGAGGGUGGGGUAAGGUAAGAGGGAAUCGAAAGGGAAAAAGACAGAGACAGAGAGACAAACAGAUUUAGAAUAGAGGGUUUUGAGACCCAGAUUUGCAAAUACCAGGUAUGACUCAAUCCUAGAAACUCAGGGGAUGGUGGCAGGAAGAUCAAGUUCAAGGCCAGUGUGGGCUAAAUAGCAAAAGCAAAACCUUCGAUUCCGGGCUGGAGAGAUGGCUCAGCGGUUAAGAGCACUGACUGCUCUUCCAAAGGUCCUGAGUUCAAUUCCCAGCAACCACAUGGUGGCUCACAACCAUCUGUAAUGAGAUCUGAUUCCCUCUUCUGGUGUGUCUGAAGACAGCUACACUGUACUCAUAUAAAUAAAAAUUAAUUUAAAAAAAAUUAAAAAAAAAAGAAA